AUAGGAGUCUUUCACCACUGUAUACAGGACCAUGUCUACCAGACAAGACAAGAUCCUCCUCUGUCUCUGCUGAAUUUCUACCCGCUAAACCUGAGAGCUCUAGUCAGUGUGCUGCAGAUAUGCCCUAAAGAUCUUUCCACAGAUGGUUGUUGUAGUUGUAUAAAACAAAUAGAAAACCAAAUACAUCUUCUGCUGGAGCAGGACAACCUUGUCUCUCCAUAUGACCUUUGGCUGCUGCUAAUACAGUUCAACACAUGGUAUUACACGUGUUUAGAGAUGCUGCUUAUAGCAGAAAAAGAUAUCAUUCCUAUUGCACUGGCUGUCAUCUACUGGUAUAUCUUCCCAGACCCCCCUGACACUCCAGAACAACAGGAGCAGGUCAAGGGUCAUAUCAAAACCUUAACAGUAAUUCUCCGUGGUUUACUGUGUAAGAUUACCCUAUGUCCUCAAGACCUGGAGUAUGCCCUACUACAUGCCCAGCCUGGACCCCAAAGUCCACUGUCUCAGGCCACUCAGACCAGCGUCCACUCUGUGAUGACCCAGCUACUCUCUGUGUUCUUACUUCACGCCCAGGGAACAGGCAGCUCUUACACACACAUACUUCAGAUGGUGACAGGAUCCUCAGACCCAGCAGUCCAUGCCUGUAGCCUGGUAUACACCCUGGAGAACAUGAACAUGGCUGUAGACUGGGGGAGGGAGGACAGGACGCGGACACUCCUCCAAUAUCUCCUGCCCUGGCUGUACAGUCUCAAAGAACAGCUCUAUGGCACUGGGGACAAGGCAGUGAUAGAAUGUUUGGAGAAGUGGAUGGAUAGAUUUAAUUUAAAACAAAAAAGCUGAUAACCAUUGUUUAUCUGAUGCUACACCUCUUACAGUGGGUGGAGACUCUACUCUGUACCAAGUCUUAGACAAUUUAUUGUAUCAGCUUCCUCACUGGAGAACAGGGUCAAAACAGUGUAAAGACAGAGACUAAGACAA